AUGAGUAGCUUUAAGCCCGGUACGACAGCUGCCGCCGACGAGCGAGCACCCCUCCUCAAUGGCGGCUCAUCCAGGUCUCACACCCAUGUGAGCCGUGGUCAUGUUGAGCAUCAUAAUCACCGUUCGCCUGUCAUCACCUUCUUGAUCGACUCCGAGCACACCCCUGGUCUGGACAGCGAGAACCUCACAAUCCACUGUCUUGCCAAAACAUGGCACGUCACCAAGGUGACCCUUUUUAGCAACUAUGUCAACCUUCUUCUUCCUUGUGUCCCAAUUGGCAUCGUUGCCGGCGCGCUGGGCUGGAACCCUACCGCCGUAUUCACCCUUAAUUUCUUUGCCAUUAUGCCUCUCGCAGCUGUGCUUUCCUUUGCCACCGAAGAAAUAUCGCUGAAGUUAGGUGAAACGAUGGGCGGUCUCCUGAAUGCGACAUUCGGAAAUGCUGUUGAGUUGAUUGUGAGCAUCGUUGCUUUGAAGGAUGGCCAAAUCGGCAUCGUUCAGUCCUCUAUGCUAGGAUCUAUCCUGUCCAACUUGCUCCUUGUCAUGGGCAUGUGCUUUUUCUUUGGCGGUCUUGUUCACCGAGGAGAGAGCGGAAACGGAUUCGAGCAAAAGUUUUCAUCAGCGGUUGCUCAAGCUAGCUGCUCCUUGAUGACUCUGUCCUCCGCCUCUCUUAUCAUUCCUGCUGCGCUUUACGGCGUACUGGCUCAGGUUAGCGAUGGAAAGGAUGGAAAGAUGGACAAGGACGCCAGCAUUCUUCAGCUAUCCCGCGGAACCGCCAUCAUUCUCCUAAUUUUAUACGUUUUGUAUCUCGUGUUCCAACUCCGAACCCACAGCAACCUGUUCGAUCCCGAAGAGCAACCCACCAACGACGACGAGGAACCCGAAGAGCCCAGCCUUGGCCCCGUUGCCGCCGGCGCCGUUCUUGUUGCCACAACUGUUUUGGUCGCCAUCUGCGCUGAGUAUCUUGUUGGAAGCAUUGACAGCCUGGUCGAAACUGCUGGCAUCAGCAAGGCAUUCAUUGGUCUGAUCCUGAUCCCAAUUGUUGGAAACGCCGCCGAACACGUCACUGCAGUUGUCGUUGCCGUUCGAAACAAGAUGGACCUGGCCAUGGGUGUGGCCAUCGGCUCGAGUAUCCAGAUUGCGCUUCUCGUCACACCAUUCCUGGUCAUUGUUGGAUGGAUCAUCAAUCAGCCCAUGUCCCUCCACUUCGAGACCUUUGAAACCGUCGCAUUUGCGGUUUCGGUGCUUGUUGUUACCUAUACUGUGCAAGACGGUCGAUCAAACUAUCUGGAGGGUGCCAUGCUUCUCGGUCUAUACAUCAUCAUCGCAGUCGCUUUCUACGUUGUUCCGGGCAGCGCUCUCGACCCUGAUGCUUGA